AUGUGACGUCACCCGGUUCCACGGCUAAUUUGGUCCGUCGGGUAAAACUGAUAAGAAGCUAAACGGUUCCUAGACAGAUAUAAACAAAAUAUAAACUGCUUUCUGAAGUACUUGUUAUUUUGAUAAAGUACCAAAACGUAAAGAGUAGCACCUUUAAACAUCCACGCUUGUCUUUUGCUACGUACCUGUCUAAGAAACCCUACACGUAAAAAUACCCUGUGAAGGAUUAUUUACUUCGCUGGGCACCUCCCUGGAAAAGAAAAGAAAUGGCGGCCAAGUUCUGCUUUACUAAUGCUAAUGAAGCCGGAUCAUCAGAGGGGAGCGGCAUGUGCGAGUGGUUUUGACCGACUUGGGAGUCCGUGUGAAACAAGCACUUUUUCCAGAUGUUCGCCGGUGCCGGAAGCGCAGCUUUGGAAUUCAGGCAUGGAUGCCUCGGAGCCGGUUUUGAAUCCCAGUAUCUGCGCUGAAAGUCAAGUGAACGGCGACGGAGAAAAGGGAGGAAUGGAACCAGAGCAGCCUGAGAAGGAAGAUGAGCCCCAGCAAAGGUCUAAAAGGGGCAGUGAAGUGCAGCCAAUGGAUCAGGCAGCUCACAUGAACAAGUCCAAGGACCGCUGCUUUAAAAGUCAUGUAGCCGAGGGCACGGAGCACCUCUACCGCACCCACAUGUGCCCUGAGUGCCGCCGCUGCUUCAAAAAGCGCACACACCUCCUGGAGCACCUGCACCUACACUUCCCCGACCCUGGCCUGCAGUGUCCCACCUGUCGGCACCACUUCACCAGCAAGAGCAAGCUGCGCAUCCACUUGUUGCGGGAGUCUGGCCAGAAGCCCCACCGCUGCCACCUGUGCACAUACAGUGCCGUUGAGCGCAAUUCCCUGCACCGCCACUUGGCCAGCGUCCAUGGCGGGGAGGGCGGGGCAGCCCCUUCGGACGUCUACCCUUGCCCCACCUGCGGAGAGGUCUUUCUGCAGAGUCAGGCCCUCAAGGCCCACAUGAAAGCACACAGGGCCCUGCCAGCGGGCCGGCAGCCCCUGGCCUGUUUCCAGGAGGGCUGCCCCUUCCGUGGUGCUGACAGGAGGGCGCUGCAGAGGCACGUGCGGGAGACACACGGUGUGGAGGCAGUGGAGUGCCGGUAUCAUACCUGUGGCGCCUUCUUUGGCAGCCGGGAGGACAUGGAGGCUCAUCGGCGCACCCACCUGGCUUUUCACUGCCCGCAUUGCAACUUCUCCAGUUCCAACAAAAGCAGCUUCCAGCGGCACAAGAGGCAGGGCCAUGCUGGGCCAGCAGAGCUGCGCUGUGCCUUCUGCCCCUUCACCACCUUUAACCCCGUGGAGUUCAGCGAACACAUGGGACGCCUACACGCCAAUGAGAAAACGCACCGCUGCCCUCAGUGUGAGUUUGUCACAGCGCACAAGCGCGUGCUGGGGAGGCACAUGCUGCUGCACACCGGCGAGAAGCCCCACAAGUGUAAGCUGUGUGACUUCCGGUGCCGGGAUGAGACCUACUUGUCAAAGCACAUGCUGACCCACUCCAGUGACAAGAACCACAUGUGCUCCGAGUGUGGCUACGUAACCAAGUGGAAGCACUACCUGAAUGUGCACAUGCGCAAGCAUGCUGGUGACCUCAGGUACCAGUGUGACCAGUGUCCAUACCGCUGCCACCGCUCUGACCAGCUGAGCAGCCACAAGCUCAGGCACCAGGACAAGUCACUGAUCUGUGAGGUAUGCGCCUUCUCCUGCAAGCGCAAGUACGAGCUGCGCCGGCACAUGCAGCUGAAGCAUGGCGGUGGGGAGCAGCAGGUACCACUCUUCCAGUGCAGGUACUGCCCAUACAGCACGCGCUACCGGCAGGCACUGCACAACCACGAGAACUGCAGGCACACGCGGCACCGUGAGUUCCGCUGCGCGCUCUGCCCCUAUGUCACCUUCAGCAGCACUAGCCUCUUCUUGCAUAAGAGGAAGGUGCACGGCUACAUGCCCGGGGACAAGGCAUGGCUGGAGAACUACGCUAAGAAGGAACGUGAGCAAGGCGGCACCACCAGGGGCUUCCCGGAGAAAUGGGACAGGGUUAUGGCGGGGGACCAGCAGGUGCCCUCUGAGGCAGGGGAAGCUCCCAGCCAAUUGGAGGGUAGCUUGCAGAUCAUGGGUGGGAGUGGUGAAAACGAAAUGACCGCAGAUGCCACUACGUUCAUGGAUCAGGAAUCUGAAACGGGCACAGAGGGAGCUGACUCGGAAAACAGGGUUGGCACUAACAUCAGCAGUUGUCAGGUGGCUGCCACUGAUGGCAACGAUGGAGAAUGUUGCCUGUUGGUUUUGACCUCCAUAGUUCAACCUGAAAGCAUGCCUGACACCUGCAUGCCGGGAGAUGUUGAGAGCAGGGGGCUAUCAAGUUUGGAGAUGCAGCUUGAUCUUAAAGCAUUUCCAGAUGCAGGGGGGAGUCCCAUGUGUCUUUCCCAAAGACAGAGUGAAGAUGACCAAGAGGGGGCGCUGGUAGGGGACAGCGAAGGCCAGAGUAAUAGAGAGAAGUCAUCGAUCCCCAAAGCCAAUGCAUCUGACCACAUGGAUGGUGCCGGAGUGGACUCUUCCUGCUCCGAGUCCCACCUCACGGUCCAGCGGAGGCAGGACAAGGAGCAGGCAGACGCCCUGGUGCUGGAGGGCCAUGUGCAGAUGCUGGUGAUGGAGGCCAAAGCCCGGGUGCACCAGUGUGACUUCUGUGCCUUUGCCACAUACACAGAAGCCGCCCUGGCACAGCACCGCCGUGUGUCCUGCAGAGCCAGGAGGACAGUGCUGAGGUGCAAGGACUGUGGAGCGAUCUACAAACAGCAGCGUGGCCUGGACACCCACCGGCUCAGGAAGUGUCCUGUGCUCCUAAAGAUGGGCAGGAGAUUCCCUGUCCCGGCAGGACUCAGACAGCCAGAGGUUUCUGACCAACUGUCCCAGGAUCAAAGGAAAGUGGAUCAUAUUGUAACUGGGGCAAAGGACAGAGGAAUGGGGCCACUUUCUGAAGAAGCGGUCACUGAGGCGUCAGAGGGACCCGAGAGACGAGGCAUGGAGAGCAGCAUAGCAGACAUCCACAUAGACACCCCGGAACACGAGAGAGACUCUAACAUGGGCGAGACACAUGCAGCAGGCAAACAGGAUAUGGAUCUUGGGGAGACAGACUCUGUACCUCUCCCCUCAGGGACAGUGGAAGGGCAGGGAUAUAGUAAGGCUCCUUCUCAAACUAGGAGCUCUGCGGAGAAUGAGGAUGGAGUGUUAGGAGAGGGGAGCACUGAGGAGCAGGAUAGCAGGAAGAUAAUGGAGAGGAUGGGCCUCCGCUUCUUCUGCCCCAGUUGCCCGUUUGCAUGCCAUCAGGAGCGAGCGCUCAACACUCACCGCCGGCGAGGCUGCCUUAAGCCCGGUGAUAUCCAGUGCCAGAGCUGCUCCUUUGUGGCCAGAUCACGUGAAUCCCUGGAGCGUCACAUAAUGGUCCAUCCAGGUCAGCGGCUCUCCUCAGCACCGCAGUGCCGGAAGGCCUUGCUCCAGUGCAAACUAUGCCCAUUCACGUGCAAGCAGGCACGCUGUAUGACGCAGCAUGUGUCCCUGAAGCACGAGGGCAUGCGCCCCCACUGCUGCCGCUUCUGUGCCUUCAGCACCACGCGCCGUUACCGCUUGGAUGCCCACGAGUCAUUGCACACAGGUGUUGGUCGCCUGGCCUGUCGGCUCUGCAACCACACCUUUGGCACUGCCUCCAAACUGCAGCUGCACCAGCAGCGUGUUCAUGACCGGCAGCCCACCCACUUUUGCACGCUCUGUGACUACGGUGGCUACAGCUCCAACGAUGUGGCCCGCCACAACCUCAGCUGCCACACGGGGGAGCUAAAGUACGCCUGUGACCUCUGUGCCGCCCGCUUCAGCUCCAAUGCAGCCCUUAAGCAGCACUGCCGUCGCCAACACCGGGAUCCCGGCAACCAGCCUUGCCCUCGAUGUGACUUCAUGGGCCGCAGCCAGGCCACCCUUGUGGCCCACCUGCGGCAGCAACACCCGCGGCUGGAGUGCACCCCCUGUGGCACCGAGUUCCUGAGCCGCGAGGCCCUGGAGGAGCACCGCAGAACCCACCUGACCCAGCGCUGCCCAGCAUGCCCCUUCGCAGCACGUGGGAGGCAGCUGCUCGCGCAGCACCUGCUGGACGAACAUGAGGACGGCUUCCCAGAGGACAAACCGCUGAAGUGUGCUGCAUGUGACUUCACCUGCCGUCACCAGUUGGUGUUUGAGCAGCAUGUACGCUCGCAUGGCGGCACCCGCCUGUACCGCUGCACCAACUGCCAGUACUCCACCCGCAACCGCCAGAAGAUCACCUGGCACAUCCGCAUCCACACGGGUGAGAAGCCAUAUCGCUGUGAGCACUGUGGCUACACCUGCGCUGACCCCUCUCGGCUCAAGUACCACAUGCGGAUUCACCAGGAUGAGCGCAAGUACUUAUGUCCAGAUUGUGGCUAUAAGUGCAAGUGGGUGAACCAGCUGAAAUAUCACAUGACCAAGCACACAGGUGCCAAGCCAUACGCGUGCGAAGAGUGUGAGUACCGCACAAAUCGGGCAGAUGCCCUACGUGUGCACCGCGAGACUCGCCAUCGCGACAUCCGCGCCUUCAUCUGUGAGAAGUGUGGCAAGGGCUUCAAGACACGCUUCCUGCUGCGCACGCACCUACGCCGCCACAGCAACACCCGGCCCUAUGUGUGCCGUCUCUGCCGCCGUGCAUUUCGCUGGCCUGCGGGACUCCGGCACCACUUCCUCACACACUUGGAGUGCCAGCCCUUCUUCUGCCGCCACUGCUCCUACCGGGCCCGCCAGCGAUUCCAGGUGGUCAAGCAUCUCCGCCGGCACCACCCCGAGCAGCCCUCAGAGCAGGGUGUGGGCCAGGACCCAGGGCCACACUCUGUGUCACUGCAUGAGGCCCGGCUGGGCGAGGAGGAACAGGAAGGCGGGUCAGGGGAGAAACGGGAACAGGAGGGUGGGCCAAGGGAGGAACAAGAGCAGGAGGAUGUGUUGAUGGAGGAAUGGGAACAGGAGGGCAGACCUAGGGAGGAAUGGGAACAGGAGAAGAAUGAGCUGAGGGAGGAACAGGAACAGAAUGGUGAGUCGAGGGAGGAACAGGAGCCAGAAGAUUGGCAGAGAUCAGAGCAGGAGUAGACCUCGGACUCAUGAGUGCCCCCAGCUCUCGCCCUGAACUCUAGCAGUCUCACACAGGUAACAAGAGUGAGCUACAGAGUGGCACCUCUGUGUGGUAGCCUUAAUCUUAACGCUGUGAGGUUUAUCACACGGCUGCAAUAUUGUUAAGAUACAAAUUUUUGUGUCUUAAAAUAUUGUAUCAUAUUAUUUGUAUCUUGUGAUUCUUUGCCUUGAACCAUGCGACACUGUAAGUGUGUGACCAACACUGUGUAGCCAAAACCAAACUUCAUGAGUGGGUCUGUGUGUUGUAUGUGAUACCUCCCCUGCAAGUUCCUCACUCUGUUUCGUGUGUUCACUCUGAGGCCAUUGACGAGCUUUGCCCCAGCAGUAAACCUGGGCCUAUCAGGCAAAUGACAGUCAGCAGCUGCAGCGUGGGGCUGGUGUCAGAGAAACUGGAAAACUGAUAGUUCUUCUGAAAUUUACAUUUAUUUAGCAGACACUGUUGUCCAAAGCAAUGUAUAAGCGAGGCAGGAAGUACAAGUAAACCAGCUCAUUGGCUAAUUAUUAGUUCUAACAUCAGGUGGCAUUUAGAUGGCACUGCAGGCGCACAGCUCUUUGAUCUGUGUAAUGUUAGCAAACAGGGAGGUUUGGACACAAAGGCUUUUUCCUUCUACAUCAACCUUAAUUUUGCUUCCUGUCCUGUUGUCUUCUGGUUUAAAUUCACUAUCCAUUCACUAUCCAUUUACACUACACUGUGGAAGGAGGUCGCACUGGUAUUUUCUUUUUAAGCACUUUGGACUAGACAUGUUUAGAAAAGGCACUGUAUAAAAAUAAACUGAAUUUGUGAAUACUAAAAAAACCUGUGGCACAAAGUACAUAUGUUCAGAAUCAAGAUUAUGUGUAUUAAUAUUACUUAUAUAAAUCUAUAAACGUAAUUAAGAAACAGA